UAUUGUUAGUUCAUUACUUUAUUUCAUUAAUUACUUUUUUACCAAAAAUUCCCUGGUCCCUCUCAAGUACACUAGCUUGUAAAACUUAACACUGAGACUUUCUGAGUAACCCGUUCAUACUUUACUUUUUUCAAUAUUUUAAUCCUUAUGGCGUAAGUGAGAAAUUAUGUGCAUCAUGGCGUAUAUUUCGCGUUAUUAUAUUAAACGUAUUGUAAUACGUAUAUCUAAAUGUAAUAUCUUAUUAAUAUAACGCGAAAGGUGACAAACAAGUCGAAGUAGAUACGCGAUAUACUCAUAAUUUCAUACACGUCCGGUCAGGCAUAUGCAAGUUAUGAUUCAGGGAAUUUUUCGUAAGAAAGCAAUCGAUAAAAUCAACCAAUCAUUGAAUGCGGAAGCGCUGUUUGUGAUGUCAAUAACGUGUAUAAAUUGAGAAAAUUUUGUAUAUGUGCGUUUUACAUGUUUCGCAGAUUUUGUCAUAUAGAAAUACAAUGUGUCCGACUUUUACGUCUGCUGUUUGUUUAGCUGUAGCGCAUAAUCUAUGCGAUAUCACGAGUAACAAACGUGAUAUAUCGCAUUAUUGAUAUUUAAUUGUUUAGGUGUUAAAAAUAUUAUAAGAUAAAUAUUGGAACAUUACAUUCUAGUUAGUAAAGUGCGAAAGUAAACCUUUGCAAUGGAGUAAAAGUGUAUUACUGUAAUUGCAUCAUAUACAAUUUGUACUACACACAAUAAUAACGUUUUGAAUCCAUGAAGAACAUUGAUAUAACUUUCAUAUUUAUUCCAAAGAUACAAACUAAAGUAAAAGAAAUUGCGAUAACACUAUCAAUAAUAUUCCAACGUAGUGUUAAUAAAAAUACAUAAAUUCGAAAGUGUAAUAAUAUAUGGACCAAAACAUGAGCUGGACGGAGAUUAAACGUAUUUUGUUAACGCUAAGGAGGAUUUCCAAACAAAUUUAUCUGAUACUGAAAGAGAGGAAUGUGAAAGUUGAUAGAUCGUGACAAACAUGUGUGACAGUUGUAUAUUUGCGAUGUUAUUCGCAACAAGUUAAUUACUUGGACAACAAAUUUGAAAUCACAUACGCACAAAAUGAACUACAAUACUUGGAGCGCGCUCCCUUGCUUGCGACAGCUUGAUGGAAAGUCGUACACAUUGUGGGUCUUCCCAUCCAGCGGGGGUAAGUCAUUCGUGUCUUACGCGGUAUCGAGUUACUCCGGUGUAGUGCGACGCGGUGCACACCCAGGUGAGAACCGGUCUCUAAUGAAUGUCACGAUAUCCUAGCACUGCAGUUGUGGACUUCAACAUGAGCCGUGAGACAGUACCGUUGCACUUGACGAAUGCAAAUUCAGGAUUGUCUCUGCUGUUCGCCACCCUGUGUAUUGUCGACAUUUUCGGCGUAUUCCCGAUAAUUACGCUACCGCGAGCGAUCAUCCAAUGCGGACUCUAUGGGAUUCCUCUUGUACUUGUUGUAUUCGGUUUACAAAUUUAUACGGCCAUUUUGCUGGGAAAAUCAUGGACCAUCGCAAAUAUUCUAGAUCCACAGAUUUCACGAAAAAAUCGUUAUCCUCUCGCUGCUGUGACGGAAUUAACGAUGGGAUCACGUGCACGAUCCAUAGUUACUCUACUGAUGGAUCUGACAGUUUUUGGCUGUGGUAUUCCAAAUUUAUUAGUCGCUUCACAGAAUUUACAGCUGUUUGCAUUAAAGCUGUCAGGACAGCAUUUUGAUCUUUCCUUUUGUUAUUGGUUGCUAAUAAUCGGCGUUUUACUUUGUCCAUUAAUGUGGCUGGGCAGUCCGCGAGAUAUGAAAUGGGUGGCAACAUGCUCUAGCGUAACGGUUGUUUUAACAACUAUAUUAAUAUGGUGGAGCAUUAUUAUUGAUGAUCGAAUAUUUGAUGCUGCACCAAUAACAACUUCACCAACGUGGAAUAAAUUUCUUUCUGGGUAUGGCAUGCUGGCCUUUCAGUUUGAUGUACACCCCACUCUAAUGACGAUACAGGUCGAUAUGCGUCAGCCUCAAAAUAUCGACAAAGCUAUCUUUUUUUCUUUCAUAACAAGCGGAUCAAUGUUCGUCGUUACCGUUUCCCUAGUCGCAUGGAAGUAUAGUGACGAUACGACUGCCAAUAUCCUCGAAGCUGUUCCACCAGGACUGGCAGCAAAUGUUGCUGUUCUAUUAGCAGCUCUUCAGCUAUGCUUUUCUAGCGUGAUUGGCUACUCAGCGCUCUUCCAACAUCUAGAAGAUCACUGGAGCAUAGAAAGGACCUUUGGAUGGAAACGAUGUGCCACGAGAUCGGCGGUAGUUUUACUCAGCGUGGCUAUAGGCGAAUCGAUAUCGCGAUUCGAUAUUAUUAUGACUCUAAUUGGUGGAUCGUUGACCGGAUCAUUAGUCUUUCUGUUACCUCCCGUAAUGUACAACCGAGCCUUGACUCUGAAGAAGUCGACUCAAGCGAUAGCAACCACAGAAUGGGUUUAUCCAAGUGCUCGUAAACGAUUCAGGGGCAAAGAGCAACGUUCAAUGCCCCCUGGAGCUCACUCGCAUUCAACGUACUACGGUUUCCUGAAUACUACGAACAAUCCUCACAGUUACACGUAUCUCUACUUUGACAACCUGGACGACAAAAUAAAUUCAGAAUCGAGCGAAUCCGAAGGUGAACAAAGAGGCAAGAAGAAGAAAACCACUGAUACCUCCAGAUCUCAGCAAGAGAAUCAGCCACUUCUCUCAGACGCCACAAAGUCAACCAGAAUUCACACCCAAACGCUUACGAGCGAUCUGCAAAAUGACAUGACUGUGAAGAGAAAACGGUUGUGGGAUUCCGAGAGAGCAAUUAAUUACUUCGGCUAUUUCAUAGUAGCGAUCGGUAUAGCAAUCACGCUGUCCUCCACGUACAUCAACAUUUUGAACACUAUACGUUACGUGCGGUUUACACCACCGUGCAUCGUCAACGCCACGACAGACAUUUCUGUAUCGUAAUUUAAUUUUAUCGGUUGCAAUUACGUCCACACACUCUUAAAAAUCCAUUGUAAAGAUAAUCUAAAUUAUUAUUGUAUAUAUGGAAGACAAUUCUGAAAGAAAAGGAUAUUUUUCCUCUUAUUCUAUACUUGAUUCAGUACAUGAUGCUCAUUCUCACACAUCCACUUUUAAGAAUCUUUAUCUCAAUGUUCCAUCUAAACUAUUUUCCAUUUUAAAAAUAUUUCUCGAGCAAAUAUACCGUGCAUUAUGACAAAGGUGUUGCAGAAA